AUGAACAACGCGCUCGACGACAUUGGCUGGCGUGCCUUCUACCCGGCGUACGCUGUUCUCACCCGUCAUAUCGACCAUAAAGACGAUGAAGUUGCUCGAAAUAUCAAGAUUAUGAUGAGAAAACUGAUUCUCCGAAUGCCACAUCAAUGUAUGUGGCAAUCGGCGUAUCUCCUCCGUCAAAAUAUCGCUGGAAUCAAGGAAAAGUAUAUGGAAGUGCUGGCGGAUGUCAAAAGAAACGCGCCGUGCUACGUGACGAUCAUCGAUCAGUACGACUACGCGUCGGGAAUAUUUAAUCAAAUCUCGACGAAAGUGGAUUCCAGCGAGUGCAGACUAUCCGAGAGAGUUGAGGGUAUGAAAAUCCUGUUUCGAGAUAAGAAGUAUGAUGCGAAGGAGUUGGAAAUGAAUCGACGGCUUGAUGGGGAUUGUAAAGUGUUUAAUGGAAUUAUGGUACCGAUUCGAUCGGUCAUCGAUGAAUCUGUACACUACCCGGAGUACGGUGGUGAUAAUGACGCGGAGAAGGCGUGUCAGUUGCCUGAUCAAUAUUUGAUUCAUGAUUUUAGUGAGCAUGUGAAAGUGCUCCAUUCGAAUACGAAACCCGUUUUGAUUGAGUUGACUACGAUGGCGGGGAGAAAGGUUCGAUUGAUUUGUAAGAAGAAUGAUGAUUUGACGAAGGAUUAUCAUUUCAAUAAAAUUGUCGAGAUGUGCAACGACCUUCUCAUGAAAGAUGAACAAACGAAAAUUCAGAAUAUGGCGGCCACCACAUUCUCAGUGAUCCCCCUAGCGAAACAUGGCGGAAUCAUAGAGUUUAUUGAAGGCGUCACACCGUACUACGAUACACUUGACACCAUCAUGCAACUGAAACAAAACGAGUGGUCUGGGAAGUUGUCAAAGUGGAAGGAUGAAAUGAGCAAAUUGAAGAGCCGAGAGUCGCGAGCCGAGUAUUUCAGAGAGGUCGCGUGCAAACAGACGCCAAUCGUCAUGUCGAAAUGGUUCCGUAUCCAAUAUCCGGAGGCCGGCAAGUGGUUUGCCAGCAGGAAACAAUUUGCAAAAUCCGCCGCCGUCAUGUCGAUUAUCGGAUACAUCUUUGGACUUGGUGAUCGACACACGAAGAAUCUCAUGAUUCAUUUACAGACGGGAAAGUGUAUCCACGUGGAUUUCGAUAUGAUAUUCAAUAAGGGCGAAACGUUGGGCACCCCGGAACUCGUGCCAUUUCGACUCACUCAAAAUAUGAUAAACGGAAUGGGAGAGGUGGCGUUGGAUGGGGAAUUCCGGACGGUUUGUGAGCAGACGCUCCGAGUGUUCCGAGAGAAUUCAUACGAAAUUGAGAAGUAUAUUUCGGAUUUGCCGAAUUUGGUGGCGGAUUUUGCGAGUAAUAAGAUGGCACCGAAAGACUUCGACAUGACAGAAGCGAAACGUCUCGUCUCGGGCCGAAUACGCGGACAAAUCAUGACGGUGAAAUUGCAUAAGAGCAAAGCGAUCACCUACCCAAUGCAAGUAUCCCAAUUGACAUCAUCACUCAUCGAUUUGGCGACGAGCGACGAGAAACUGUGCGAAAUGUUUCCCGGAUGGAUGCCGACGUUGUGA